AUGUCCUAUUUCAAUAAUUGGAAGAGCACCCAAAUGAGCCAGAGCUUGAUGUCACAUGACAGCAUCAGGAUUCCUCAUGAGAAGAAAAAGGAGAACAAAAAGCACGAAGAUCUUCCAGAAGGCCACCACUCACCCCAUGGUCAGAUGCUGCAGGAUGUGGAGGGUGUCUGGAGUGCUGGCAGCAAGACUAAAGAGGCGGGAGAAGAUGGGCCUGCAGAGGAAGGACCUUUGCUCAGCAAAAUAGAGCCACACAAAGAUGUGAAAGGUCUGAGUGACAGCAAGGCUGCAGGACGAAGCUGUGAAUUAUCCCCCCCAAUAACAAAGAGCUUCCGAAUAUACGAUGUGAGUCCUCUUUCUUCUCCUAACCUGUUGCAGACUGAGAAGAUGUGUCCCUACAGAAGGGCACGUAUGACCCGUCUGCCCCAGCAGGGCCCUUUCCGGCACCUUAUGGACAUGAAGGCGGAGAAGAGACUGGCAGGCUGGAAGGAACGCCGUAGCCGCUUUGGUGACAUCAGCACGCAUAAGUGCUACCAGUUUGGGCAGAUCUUCUCUCCUUUCCAGGCUCUGGCCACCACGGAGAUGCGAAGGCUGGUGUUGCCCCAAGACCUGCCCAUGAGUUCUCGAAUGCAGAGACUAAGUACUUCCUCCUUCAGUGACGUGAAUCUCCAGGAUUUACCCCUGUCUCCCACAGAGCUGGGCUUGGGAAAGGAUGACAGCCAUCAUGAAAAAGAGAAAUCAGUGAGCCACAUUAAAACACCUUUAUUCCCCCCAAUAUUUAAAGCAACAAAGUAUAAUGACAUGAAAUAA